GAUCGGUCUGCCCACCUGAGAUGAAGUUGUUGUUAAUAAACGUGCAGCAGGGAGAGAUAAACGCUAUAAUCCAGACUAGAUUUGACGCCGGGACGCAGAUUUAUGUGUAGCACUUUAGUCGAAAGCACUUUUGAUAGUUACCAGAUUAAUAUUCUGUAGCUUCCGGUAGUGAUUGUUUUACCUGUCAGCAUGUUACCGUCUACUAGCAGGGUCAAACUUAACAGAGACCUUGUUGGGCUAAAACUGGUGCCGCGGCGGAGACGACCCCCUCAGUCUCUGAAUAAAGUAAAAAACCAAGAGGAAAACCAACUAGUUCCCGAACUAGUUUCACUAAAAGACCCGGCCUCUGUCCUGCACAGCGAAGAAGCCGUGCAAACUUCUGUAAGAGACCAAAUGGGCCCAGAAAAUGUGACAGAAACCAGCUGUAACACCGCUGAAGGGAAGCCGCAGGAGGAUGGUGUAGAGAUUGAUAGAAAUACGCAUCCAUGCCCCACUGGACUUGCUGGUUCGGAAGGCUGUCUGAAACGAGCCAACAGGGCCUCCGGCUGUGGUCUCUGCGGGGACUUUAAAUACAUUCCCCCUCAGCGGAAGGCAUUGGGUAAGCAGGGGCAGAAAAGCAGUUGCCCGGGGCCAGAGAAGCCUAUGGUUAAAGUUAAAAUCAAGAAAGAAAAUGCAGUCACAGAGACUUCAAACAAGAUUAUCAUAUGGAUAGACAAGUAUCCGAAGGUGAUACUUUGUGACAUAGCUCGAAAAUGUGAUGUUCUAAGUCACGACUGUGGCUAUGUGUUACCAGAUGUUCUCAAAACCAAGAGUGUGCAUUGUGUCAAACAGGACAUGAGAGCUGGAUUUCAGUUUGUGCCUGCUUGCUUAGGGCAUAACCAGCACAGAAGUGAGGAAAGUGCUCUGGCUAAAAAUAGAGAGCUUUAUCCCAGAGUUCAGUCUGAGAGGACCGUGUGUCAAUCUCAGAGUCUGACGGAACACCAAAGACACCUAAAAAAACGCACAGAUGCACAGACAUUACAGAGUCAUACCACAUGUCAUUUCCUCAAGAGCUGGACAAAUGAAGGCUCUGCAACCUGUUCUGCUUCUUCCUCACUAGGUGAAUGUACAAAGAAGGGGGAGUGCAGGACUGGCAUGUGGGACACAGAUGUUGAGGAGGAUCCUGGGCCAGAAUCUCGACUGAGAGACAAAAGAGUAAAGCUAGGCAAUGGCGUUAAAGACGGGAUUUUUCCAUCCACUUCAGUUUUUGAGAGCAUCAGUUGCAAAGGAAAAACUGACUCUGAAGAUAAAGAGAAAACUUGCCUUUGGAUGUCUGAUGACAGUUUGGCAUCUGUAGCGCAGGCGAAUGGGGACGGCAGUUCUUUUAGCUCGGCUGUGAAAGAAAACCGAGUUCACAAGAAAGCUCGUGGUGAGAUUGACGAUCCCACGAAAGGAGAUGCAGCAGAUCUGUCCUGUCAGAGUAGCGAUCUGGACAUGGAUGAUGAACUAGAGUCGUUCACCUGCCAGAGAGUGAGGGCGUAUUUCAGAACAGUUACAUUUUCUUGUGCACGCACAUACAUGUCCUGGCCCUUCUCUAACAGUGGCAGGACCCGUAGAGCACAUGCUGGAACCACAAGCUGUCUAGCAGAGCCUGUUGAUCCAUCAGCUAGAGAUAACAGCGACUCUCCAUUAGAUCACAAUCAGCCAAGUUCACCCAGCAACCGAACCAAUGACAUGCCUCCAAAGGUGUUUUCGGGCACAGCCUACCAGGUUUCUCAUCAAAACGAAGAGGAGAGAGAAGAGGAUGGAGAAAGCUUUUUAUCAGAGAGAAAUGGGAAAAGACAAGGUGAUACGUCUUCAUGCUCACCUCACUUUAUGGAGGCUAAAGAAUCAGUUCAGUGUGGAAGAGAGUCUGGCAGUAACACAGCCUCAUCUUUGCCACUUAAUGCACCUGAAACUGGCAGCUCCAUGUCGACCCCUUCCCCUUCAACACUGACUGACUGGGAAACUGUCACGACUUUGUCUGCCAUGUCGUCUCCGUUCACCCAAGGUGGUUUGAGCAGCCGCUCAGCCACGCCGUCCUCUCUCCCGCCUUCAUCGUACCUACUGAAUAAAGUCGAAGGUGUCGAGUUAGCUGAUGCUCAAUCUGGAAGCGCAUCGGUAGCAUCCUCCUCACCCAAAUAUGUGUUCAAAGCUGUGGAAAAACCAUUGUUCUACUGCGAAGAAACCCAAAUGACUUCAUCUUCAUCCUUUGCUCCACCACACAACUCUGAUUCCUUAGAUUCAUAUGCAUCCUCCCUCCUGCUCCCUCAAGAUGAGCAAGAGAGAGACGAUGAACCGCUCACAGGCAGGAGUCCACCAAUACUGGAGCCAUAUUAUAACACAAGCCCCUGUAACCAUGAUCCUGCAGUAAGAAAAGAGAGUUCAGUGAGCAACAACCUCACUGAAAACUGUUUAGAAACAAACCCAACCAACUUUAGGCUUCCACCAAUGCUCUCUCCUGUCACUUCACCACACGGACACUCAGCGAGAAGCCGACUGCCUCAAAGCCAACGCUGUUCAAAUAAACAGCAUGGGGAGGAAAUAUACAAAGACACCAGCAAACACAAAAUAUUACCUGGAUAUCGCAUGCCACGAAUUGUUAAUGAAAACUACGAGGAUUUUCUUGAACAUGGUAGUGAAGAAAUGGAAGGAGCCUCCAGAACUCCAACUAUUUCUUCAGUGGAACCUCAUUCGCCUCCAAGCUGUGAUGAAGAUGUGGAUGGUGAUGAUGGUAAUGAAGAGGAAAGCCAGGAUGAAGUGGACUACAAAGAUAAUGUGGAGCAGGGUAACAGAAAACCACAAGUUCCCUCGGACGCUAAAAUGAAAGCAACCCUUAGCUCAGGUGCUCUGACAGAACCUUGCUCCUCUCCCAGCAGCGAUGAAGAUGAUGGUGGAGCUUUCAGUGAUGAGGGAGUAAAGGGAUUAAAUCCAUCUGAAAUGGCAGGCGGUGAAAGUGAUGAAACGGAUGCAGAGGCAGCUUAUGAUACUCGGGACAGCGUUCUGGAUGAGUUUGCAGCUUUUGAACAGGAUAUCCUGCUUGUUGAUGUGAUCCAGGAUGACCCAGAGCUCUUUGAAAGUAUGCCCAAGGAAAGUUUGCUGAAACUGGGGCCAACCAGGGUUACUGCGGCCCCUAAAACCAGAUUGGUAAAAAUACAGCCGCCAAGGAUAGAUGUGGCAUCACUGGAUUUAAAACAAAGAUCGACCCCAGUUUAUUUUAAGUGUGACAGCCCUGAUAGCACAGAGGAGAGCAGAUCAUGGAGACCUCAGUGUAGCAGCACCUCUCCUAAAAUGCAAAGAAACUCAUGGCCUGCUACAGAAACACAUAUCAAAAACAUGGGUUGUCCUGAUGCCAACAACAAUCAUGUAAACGGAGUCCUGGAGAGGAGCAAACCCAUCCAAAGAGUGAACUCCCUGCAUAAUCUCAUCCCUCCAAUUAUGGAUCUAAGAAAUGGGCCGUGGAGCACAAACCCAGCAAACGUGACAGAUUUCAGGCGCCAGAAAUCUAACGCUUACUGCAGGCAGUACUUCAGUGAGUCUCUGUCCUGUGGUUUCAAGAUGUGUCGCUUCCAGCAUGUUCCUGUGGAGGGGGACGAGAAGUUGUGCAUUGAAACUGUGACACGCUUCACCAAAAAUCCAAUGUGUCUUCAAAAAGCAGGCGCUGUGUUUACAGGCUACUACCAGAACAACCCACCAGGAGUCUACUUCUCCAUGACGGUCCUCCUGGCUCUGCUCUGGUCUCUGCUCAAAGCCGGUAUGGUGUCUGAUGUCUUCUCAGUCCUCAGCGUCAGUUUAGCCCACAGGAUUGUGCCUGGCCAUGAGUUCCUGUUGGCUCUCUUUAACAUCGUGAGAGAAAAAGGUCUCGUGGGUUUUGUUCCUGAACUCAUGCAGCUCAUAUUCAAGAUGGCCAAUGCAGGCCUGGUGCUGAGUUUGGACUGCCUUGAUUGUGUGAAAAACACUCCUGAGUUCCAGCAGACAGUCAAUCCAAACUCACUUGUUUUAGGGUCUGAUAAUCACAAGUUGUCCAGCAGCACACCCCUUCCAGAGUACCUGUCUUUGGCCCAUUCCAUUGUGGAAAUAGAGCUUUGUACCAAGCAAGAGGACUGGAGGCGGAUGGGGGAGGUUUUCAGAUCCAUCUGCCAAUCCAGCAAACAGAACAACCAAGCGGGGCGAAUCAGCGGCCGCAUCGCCAUCGCGCUGCUGUCUCAGAGCAAAGACAAGCUGGCACUGCCCUUUGCUGCCUUCGCUGAGACCGUGUGUCAGAGUCAGAAUGAAGGUGAGGAGAGCCUGAUGAGAAGUCUUUUAGGCAGAAUUGGAGUCUCUCUCAUGUUAAGAUACCACAAAACGCAUCAAUGGGCCAAGGGUCGGAGGGUGGUGGAAGUGCUGUCCCAUUCAAAAGUCAACUACUCGACACUGAAGGGUUUGUUUGGGAAUGAGGAUGGAGCAUCACGUUGCUACCUGGUCACCGUGGCAACGGAGCUCUUCCUCCUGAGUGGCAGCUUGGAAGGAGCUCUAAACACACUCCGAGAAAACAAAUGGUUCCUAAGUUCGUCCUCCUGGCCGUGUAAGCCUGCUGACCUGGAGAGUCGCACUCAUGUGUUGAUGCGUCUGGCUGAGAAAACGUCUCACAGAGGAGCGCUGGAGGUCCUCGGUAAUCUGCCUGGACUCAAAGAGCCAAACGACUCGGUCGAUAUCUCCAAGUACGCUCCUCUGUUUAACUCUCAGCUGCAAGUGUGUCUGGACAAACAGAUCCUUCCUGUAGCUUCAGACACGGUGGACUUCAUGCUGUCUAGAAAACUGCCAGUUGAACAAGCUUUGCUGCAGAUGCUUUUGCAAAAACUGGGCAAGCAGAACCUCUGGCUCCGGGCACGGGAAGUCUUCAGACACUCUCUGAGUGAAGGCUACUACCCAGGAGUGUCUGCUCCUCCUGGUUUCAUGGCGCUGAGCGUCCCGUGUCGACUAGGGGAGGUGGAGCUGGCUAUCACCAUGGAGAUGUUCAUCACCGUCAAUGCUACGGGCAUCUUCCACAUUUCAGAGGCCGCCACUUCCUCUCUCCGCAUCACUCUCAAAAGGACUCAGAGCUGUGAGAGCGAGUACCUCUCCGCCGGCAGCCGCAUCCUGUCUGCAGCCUGCAUCCCUCAGCCCAAACUAUCCGUUCACUACACGGCAGUGAACUCGUCACAAGAACAAGUGUUCACUCUGGACGUUUCCUCCGCUCGAUGCUGGCUCCGACACAACCAUCUGUGGGCCAAUGAGGUGUGGACACACUGAGCCAAACAGUUAUUCCUCUGCUGUACCUGGAAGUACUUAACUUUCCUUUCUAUGAAACUGUUCCAGAGAACACAGUUGACUCUGUUUAAACAACCAAUGAAAUCAGGAAAUAGAACGGAUGUGUUUUUCUGUUGACUGUACGUUUGUAACACAUGGUCGUAUUUCAAUUCAGCCUUUGACGAAGAAGCAGAAGAUCACAACCAAAGACUGACGCCACAACUUAAUAAUUACAUUUUUAUUUUCACAAAAACGUAAUUUUGUUUCAAUCUGUUUAAUAAUGUUAAGUUGUUUCCUGAAGAGUUCUUUUAGCAAAUUUGUCUUUACUCAGUGUUUGUAUGAUUUACUAUUUGAAAAAAAGAAGUAAGUCAAUUGGGGAACAGAGUCUAGCAUCUUUUUGUCAGGUUGUUGUUACAGGUAUUUAGAUUUCAUUUCAAACAACAUUGUAAAUAACUUCCGAGUGUAUAUAGGUCUAUAUUUAUGAUGGUGUUAAGUCUUUGACAGUAUUAUGUUGCUGCGUUAUCUUACUGAUUGUCAAAACCUCAAUUGUUGCUUGUUGAAGAGCUUUUGUUUGUAUGAAGUUUUUAUAAAAAAAACAAAAAAGACAAAAACAUUGUUCUGCUCCUAAAAGUUUGACUGUUGUGUUUCUUCACCAAAGGAAAAAAACAUCGUAAAACGAAUGUUUUCUGAAAGGAAAGUUAC